UCCUCCCUUUUUUAGCAGGAAACCCUGCUCUUGCUCAGUUUCUGCAAUUUAGUUUUUUAUUUUUUAGCAGGAAACCCUGCUCUUGCUCAGAGGGAAAAGAGGACUCCUCCACACUCCGCCCUGGUACUGAAGACAGGUUUUAGAUAAUGGAGGAUAUAACCCCACCUACAGAGGGUACUAGUGUCACUGAAUCAUCUUCUUCAAGAAAUACCAAGAAGAAAAGAGGGCCAAGUAAAAGUGUCAAAACAAUGGCAAUUCCUCAUGGCCAACCAGUGAAGUUAAGAGCAAAUCACCUAAAUCAGUUAAUUGGUGAUGAAGCUGCCCAAUUUAGUACAUAUUUGGGCACUUUGAUUAGGAGCCAAAAAAUGAUGCCACUUAACUAUGAAGAUUGGAGAUAUGUUCCAGAACACUAUAAGGAACAACUUUGGAACCAUAUCCAGUAUAAAUAUGAAAUACCAAUUCAAUGUCAGAAACAUGUACGCCAACAAAUUAGUGGCAUAUGGCGGGCGUUCAAAAAAGAAUUGAAGAAACAAACAAUUAAGAAAUAUGGGUGUCUUGAAAAUUCUCAACCAGAUGAUAGGGUCCCAGCAGAUCAGUGGCGUGAUCUUGUAGCAAUAUGGACAUUUGCGAAAAAGAAGGCAAUUAGUGAAAAAAACAAAGAUAACAGAAAACUCCAGGUUCUGAAUCAUAGUUCUGGGAGGAUGAGUUAUGCAAGGGUGGGAGAGAAGCUGAGUAAGGAGCAUCCCACUGGGAAAUGGCCAGGCAGGGUAAAAGUAUUUUUAAUCACGCAUAAAAAAAGGGGAACUAACCAACCUACAGAUGAGAGAUCUAGAAUUGUUAUGGCCAAAAUAAAGCAAAAGCAGAGUGAGUUGCCUCCAGAGUUGAGAGAUAAUAGUGAUGAAGAGGACAAUAUCUAUAGAGAAGCUUGUGGCGAGGAAGGCCAUGGACGUGUGCGUGGUAUUGGGCUUGGUCACAAUUGGCUGAAAGGGAAAGGAAGUGGCAAGAAGAGAUGA